AUGCGCUCUAAGAUGGAACUGUCAGUCCCACUGCUUCGCAUGCGGACCGGUGCAAAGCAUGAAAUUCCCUCGGCACUGCUACUAGUUGCUCAAGGUCUCGAGGCUGCGGCAAUGGAUUUUGCUUACGGUAUAGCACAGCAACCGUCCAUGCAAUCUUGGGCGGGUGAGGACCUUCUCAAGGACAUUGGACGACGUUCUGUCUUUCGAAUAUGGCGGUACGACGCUGGUGUUGGGUGUAGACCUCAUUACGAUCCUGGAAUUUGCACUGCGCUUUUGAAAGCUUCUGCUGGGGGGUUGGAAUUUGGCAAAUAUCCAUGCAGAAGCCAUGGUAAUGAUGAAAAUACAUUGCUGCAACCCGACUGGUUUCCUCCACAACUGCCGGUGGAUACUGCCGACACCAUGGUAUUGGCGGGGAACAUGACAGGGCUCCUAUCAAGAGGUGCGAUUCCCGCCGUGCUGCACCGCGUGCGCUCCGACUGGGCCGACCAUGUGGACUCCAAACGUUAUAGUCUCGUUGUAGAGCUACGCCCGGCGGAGCCUAACCGUUGGUAUAAACUACUUGGGCAUUGCAGCGUCGCUCACGGCUGCGUUUCUCUUAGAGGAUGCGGCUAA